AUGACCAUCGAGGCAUCCCCACAAGAACAAUCCAAAGAGCGCAAAACACCGCCUUGGAACAACCGCGUCCUCGAAAAGCGCGCCACCCAACUAGCCCUGAUCCCCUCAGCUUGGCACCUCCAAGCACCCCUUCUAGCAAACCCACCAGCAUCAAGCGUAGAAAUCAUCCGCGCAAGCGGCAUCCUCUCUGCCAACGAGCUAGAAUGGACCGAGACGGCAGAUAUCCGCGACCUCGUUGAGCUGGUUAAGUCCCAGCGCGUGACGAGCGAGGCGCUGACAACGGCGUUUUGUAAACGCGCUGCUAUCGCACAACAGGUUACGAAGUGCUUGACGGAGAUAUUCUUUGAUAAGGCUCUGCAGCGCGCUAGGGAGCUUGAUGAGCAUCUACUGCGUACUGGUAAAGUUGUUGGGCCUUUGCAUGGGGUUCCGGUUUCUGUGAAGGAUCGGUUUGAUGUUGAGGGAUUUGAUACGACUGUUGGAUGGGUGGGUCUUACCAAUAAACCGGCCCAGUCCAACAGUUCAAUCGUGCAGCUACUUGAGUCGAUGGGUGCGGUGCUCUAUGUUAAGACAAAUGUGCCUCAAUCUCUGAUGAUGUCCGACUCAUACAACCAUGUAUUUGGCCAAUCCGUAAACGCCUUCAACCACGCCCUAAUAUCAGGCGGUAGCUCCGGUGGCGAAGGUGCCCUCGUUGGUUCCGGGGGAAGCGUUUUAGGAAUCGGUACUGACAUCGGCGGUUCGAUCCGAGUACCUGCUAAUCUACAGGGUCUAUACUCUAUAUGUCCGACGACGGGGCGAGUACCGUGGGACUGCUCCUUCUUACACCAGCACUAUCUUGUCCCACCUGUUGCUGGUCCAAUGGCCACAUCGCUCGCUACAACAGAGUACUUCAUGGAAAGUCUCCUUGCGUCUAGUCCGUGGAGUCUGGAUCCAAGUGCAGUUCCCAUUCCAUGGCGAAAAGAGCUCGCAACCCCGCCGGUGAAUAGAAAGUUGAGACUGGGUGUUGUGUUUGAUGACGGCGUUAUUAAGCCGCAACCGCCUAUUGCGAGGGCAAUGCGUGAGACGGUGGAUGCGUUGCGAGCCGCUGGCCAUGAAGUAAUCGAAUGGGACACUUCCCUCCACAUCGCCACUACCAAUCUCUGGACAAAGGGCAUUCUUGCCGAUGGCGGUCAGCACUGCCGCUCGCUCUGUAAGAUAGUUGACGAACCCUUGAUUGAAGGCAUGGUUGUCGGCAAAGAAAGCGAUCUUCUCUCACACGAGGAGCGAGAGCAGUUCGAAGCAACAAAGCACACUCUCCAAACCGCCUUUCUGAAACAAUGGGUUUCAUCGGAAAUAGACGCCCUCCUCAUGCCCGUCCUCCCGUGGGUAGGCUAUAAGCCCAAGACGUGGGUGAAGAGUAAACAGUGGUUGGGCUACACGGCUAUGUGGAAUCUGCUAGAUUAUGCAGCUGUUACUGUUCCUGUUGCUCGGGCGGAUCAAGGUCUUGAUUCUGGUGACAGUACGGGUAAUGCUGAGUGGGAGGGACAUUCCAUUAGGAAUGAGUCGGAUGCUUUUAAUUAUUUGCAGUAUGAUAUCGACCUUGUGCAUGGGAUGCCUCUCUGUGUGCAGAUUGUUGGAGGUCGAUUUGGAGAGGAAAAAGCCGUGGCGGUUGGGAAGGUCGUUGAUGAGUUGAUGAAUCCGACUCCCUUUCACCCGUAA